AUGUUUAAACUUCUGCCAUUUCAAAUCGGAGUCUGGGAAAACCCAAACUCGGAUAUCUGCGAAGAAGAUUUGGAAAACUUCGGAUCAAAAGUCCCCGAUAAAUAUCGUCGCCACCGAACCUGGCAAUGGAUCCUCAGCUUGCCAGACCACUACACUCCGGUGCCGGAAAACGACCUCAAGGCAGUCCGAGAGGCGCUAGCGGACAGUUCCGACGACAGCUUGGACUUCAAUGAUCACGGAAGUAACAACUCAAAAGAAGAUUUCAACUAUCCAGAAUUUCAAGCUGAUGUUCCAGAAGCCAUCGAUCAGGCGAUCCAGCAAUAA